CAUUUUCAGGUUAUGUUCCACCGGUAUUUAUUGUAUAUUUUUUGCAAAAAUCGCAUGUAUUUUUCUUUAUUUAAAAUUAAAAAGCAAUUAUUAAAAUUUUGUACAAUGAUUAUCAAACCAGUGCAUUUGCUAUGAAAUCAUUCAAAAUAAUUUCAAACAUUUCGAAAACAGGAAUAAGUGAAAAAUUGAAUUUCUUGCCGAAAACAACUUUAACAAUAAAUUCUCCCUUUUACACUACAGCCAAGAAAACGACGAAUAUAAAAAUGGUUAAAUAUCUAAAUCAAACAGAGGCAAUUAAUGUUGAUAAGGAACUAUUUGACAAAUAUAAAUUUAGCGUCGAUCAAUUAAUGGAAAUCGCAGGUUUAAGCUGUGCGAUUGCCGUCGCGAAAUGUUAUCCACUAACGGAGAAUUUAUCAAAAAAUAUUCUAGUUUGUUGUGGACCAGGAAAUAACGGCGGUGAUGGUUUGGUGUGUGCAAGGCAUUUAAAACUUUUUGGUUACAAUCCUGAAGUUUAUUAUCCAAAGAGAACAAAGAGUAAUCUUUAUGAAAAUCUUUUGCAUCAAUGCUUGGAAAAUGACAUAACAAUUCACGAUAGUGUGGAGAAUUUUAAGAAAAUACCGGAAUAUCGAACGAUAAUUGAUGCUUUAUUUGGAUUCAGUUUUAAACCACCAGUUAGAGAAGAAUUUAUUCCAAUAAUUGAAAUUUUGCAAAAUUCCCCUACACCAAUAUGCAGUGUUGAUAUACCUUCCGGCUGGAAUGUCGAGAAUGGUCCACCGUCUGAUGGUGGAAUUAAUCCGGAAAUGCUCAUUUCUUUAACGGCACCGAAACUUUGCGCUAAUUAUUUUCAUGGAAAAUAUCAUUUUCUUGGAGGAAGAUUUGUGCCACGUAAAUUGGAAAUUGCGUUUAAUUUGAAUCUUCCAAAUUAUCCGGGAACAGAAUUGGUCGUUGAAUUAUUGUAAAUUUAAUUUACAAAUUCAAUAAAGUCAUGUAAUGUUACUAGCCAAUUGGUAACAUUAUCUCAAUUUUUCUUAACCGAAAAUAUAUCAUAUUUUCUUUA